AUGAAUAAACGAAUAUUCGCUUUUAGAGAUGAUACAAAGUCAAAAGAAGCCGAAGAAUUUGUGCGCACGAAUGGGUUUACAUUACCACUACAAAUAUUUCAAUUAAUGUCUUUUUUUAUUUUUAUAAUUAUAGUUGCAUUAAUUAUUAUCAUUUCUGCAUUUAAUACUGAUACCAUAUUUCUCCUUUUUUAUAUUUUUUUUGGUGUUCUAAUUAUUAUAAUUAUUGCUUUAUCGUAUACUGUAACAACAAUAAACCCAGUAGACCCCUUAUCAUUUAAGUAUAUUCAUAAUAAAGUUAAUGAAGAAGACCUUAAGGAUUUAUGUGAAUGUGAUAUAUGUGGUUUUGUUGAACCACAAAGUAAACAUUGUAAGGUUUGUAACAAAUGCGUUUCUGUUUUUGAUCAUCAUUGCAUGUGGGUUAACAAUUGUAUAGGGAAAAAAAACUACAAAUAUUUCGUAGGUCUCUUGACAGUACUAACAAUUUUCAACUGCUUCGUCUUUCUGUUUUGCAUUAUUUUUUUUGUUAUCUCCCUGAAACAUGAUCUCAUAAAGGAAAGAUGGAAACACUUCUACGGAGGUUACGAUGAUGCUCUGUUUUACAUUCUGCUAUGUUCCCUUUUUGUUCUGAAUGGAACAGUAUUCGUGUUAGUAAUUCAACUUUUUGGAUUACACAUUUUUUUGAUUUCAAAAAAAAUGACUACCUAUGAGUACAUUGUCAAGCGAUCUCAUUCUGAGGAAGAACAAAAGAUAGGAAUUAAAACCUUUUUUGAAUGGUUGAUCAUUGACAAAAAGCGUUUGAAGAAGUCAGACAGCGAUAAUCAGGAUUUAGAAAACCAGGAAAUUGAAAGAGUUAAGUCUAUAAAAGAUUAA